GCGUCAUGAAGAUGAAAAGUGCCUAAUCCCCUUGUGGAACUCAAGUCUAACAGACACACAUACAGAAUCCUUGCUUUUGGAAAGACGUCACACACAAGCGCGUCACUCUCUCUGACUGAGCGCGGCUUUACAGCGGGAAGCAGCGGAUGGGAAAGGAAGAAGAGAGAGAGGGAGGAUGGCGAUAAACGCUUAUUGUUCUUGAGGAGCCUGAACUGGAGGUGUGGCAUCUGCCGGGCGUUGUCGUGGAGACAGAGUGCUGGCUGUUCCCUCUUCCCCUUAGCUGAUCACUCAGACGCUGAUCACAGGGACAUUGAUCCUUAUGGCAUCAAGAACAGCAGCCACAGGUGGCCAUGCUGUUCUCUCCGUUCUCUUGUGCUCUGGGGCUCUCCCUCCUGCCACUCCUCCUGUUUCAGUGCCCCGUCCAUGCCUGCCCUGCCCGCUGUGAGUGCUCUGUGCCCACGCGAUCUGUGUCAUGCCAUCGCAGGCGGUUAGUGCAGGUGCCUGAGGGCAUCCCGAUAGAAACAAGGUCCUUGGACCUCAGUAAAAACCGGCUGCGCAUUGUGACGCCACAGAACUUCUCCUCGCUGCUACUGCUAGAGGAGCUGGAUCUCAGCAACAACCUGUUGUCAUCUGUGGAACCGGGCAGCUUUCGCACUCAGCCGCGGCUACGCUCUCUCCGGCUGCGCAGCAAUCAGCUGACCCUGCUGCCGCGCGGGGCGCUAGCUGGCCUCAGCGAGCUCACUCUGCUGGAUGUCAGUCAAAACCGUCUUGUUAUUCUGCUGGACUACGGCUUUGAAGAGCAGAGGAGGCUGCGGGUACUAGAGCUGAGUGAUAAUGAGCUAGUGUUUAUUGCCCCACGGGCGUUCAGUGGCCUGGCGUCCCUGCGCUCUCUGACGCUGCAGCACUGCAACCUGAGCUCAGUGCCCACACAUGCUCUCGCACAUCUGCAUGGCCUGAACACCCUGCGGUUGCGGGACUUGGGCAUCGCAGAGCUUCAGGCACACGCCUUUAAGGGUCUGCCGCGACUAAAACACCUGGAAGUGGACCGCUGGCCUUUGUUAGAGGGGUUUCCAACCUCCACUUUGCAGGGGCUGAACCUCAGCACACUGUCCAUUACCCACACCAACUUGACGUCUGUGCCAGUUGUGACGCAUCUGUUGUAUCUAACACAUCUCAACCUGUCUUACAGCCGUAUACGGGUCCUGCCAGCAGGGUGGUUGCGGGGAAUGGACCGUCUGGAAGUUGUACGUGUGCGACAGGCUAACCUGCUCAGUGUGGAACCUCAAGCCUUUCAAGGAGCCUCCUCGCUGCGUAUUCUUGACCUUUGUUACAACCGUCUCUCCACACUUGAGAGGAGCGUUUUCCCUGCUUCCGUAGCCCUGCAGAGUCUUCUGAUUGGUCAGAACCCAUUAGUGUGUGACUGUCGUUUACGCUGGCUCCUGGAGAAGACUCCACCUUUGCUGUACGGGGAUGUUCAACCUGAAUGCAGUGCUCCUGCCCCCUUGGCUGGGAAGCCUCUUAGGGACCUGAUAGAACCUCAAAUCUCUCGCUAUGUUAUCUGCACCAAACCCAGGGUCAUCUCCAUGGCAACCUACCCGUCACAGGCAGAAGAAGGGCAGAGAGCUUGGCUAUAUUGCAGUGCGGAUGGGGCUCCACCUCCCUCUGUGUCAUGGCUGACACCGCAUAGACGGCACAUUACCACAAAGAGUACGGGAAGAGUGGUGGUCCACACCAAUGGCUCACUAGAGUUCCGCAUGGCAGAGCCUCAGGAUAGCGGCAUGUAUGUGUGUGUGGCAUCGAACCCAGCGGGCAAUGCUACUCUGUCUGUAAUGCACGCAGUUAAAAGCUCGGGAAUCAGGGACAGAGCCCUUUAUGCCAACCGAAGCUUUCUUUUUGACCCCGACUACAACAACUCCUUGAUUAAUGGCACAGAGGAGUACACCAUCAGAGUAGUGCUGGAUAUCACCACCAUCCUGGUCUCCACAGCAAUGGGCUGCCUCAGCUUCCUGGGCGUCGUUUUGUUCUGUUUCUUGUUGUUGUUUGCAUGGAGCCGUGGCAAAGGGAAACACAGAGGAAGCGUGGACAUUCAAUAUGUCCCACGAAAGAGGAAAGGUGCAAACUCAGAACUUACAGAAACAAGCGGGCCCAGACGAGUCAACAUGAAGAUGAUCUGAACUUUUUACAAGAACUUCACGGGUUGCAUGGUUAUAUGUGCGUAUCUGUUGGACUUUGUGAGUCUUUGGGUAUAUGUGCUGCAAAGGAUGUAUUAAAUCAUGAGAGUUUACACGUGGUAUCCCAAUGAAAAGAAAGCAAAAGAAAAACACCAAACCAUAUAAUUCGCGUCUUCUGCAAUGUUUUGUAUAUGGAAAGCAUUAUUUGGACAGUGCAGACGUGAUUAAGCUCAAGUUGUUGUAUAUAUUUCAUAUUUGUGGGAAAGAAUGGUAUAUUUCUAUAUAUGAAUAUAUCUAUUUACAGAUACAUUAAAAUUACCUUUCAAAACGCUGCAAAAACUCAAAGUUGUCUUCCCCAAUAAGCAAAGUAUCUACUGGAAAAAGCCUCGGCAGUGCUGUGUUGUGAAGUGUUUGGUUUUGCUCAGAAUUCCUGUUCUCCUGGGACAUCCUCUUCUUAGCAGAACCUCUGGGGGAACCGGAGAGUUUUCUGCCAUUUUGUUGUAAAGAUGUUAAAAUGCAAGAAGCCGCUUGACAUGGUGGGUUCCAGGGGCUGUAUUCGUGACUCAGUGGAAGUCUGUGGAACUGUGUGAAAAUGUUCUUUUCUUUUCUUAUGUUCUGUCAAAUGCUGCUGAAAUGUUUUUACAUUCUAAAUAUCUUGUUAUAUUUUCCAAAGAAAAUAAAUAUAAAUCGUACAGCUUGAUAA